ACUGAAAUCGAAUAUAAUCAAAAAGUGGUCGUGGUUUGUCGCGGCCGGUCGUCCAUAGUCAGUGAGCCAGAAUACGUUUGAGCGGUCACUCGCCCAGUGCAGCGAAAGUGAACCAUCUUGUAAAUAAAAAAAGGACGAGAGUAAGUUGUCCAAUCCUCCAGUUAAAUUUGGCGGGAGACGCGCCCCAAUGCGAGUGAUUCUGGUCCUGGUCGUCGCGGCGGCCGUCGUUUGCACGACCGACGCCAAAAGGAAGAGGAAGUUCGACGGGGACUUCGAGUUCGCUGAAGAGGAUGAGGCGAAAGCGGCCAGGUCAGGCGAGAAGAAACGGUGGAUACAUGAUCCCUCUAGUGAUCUCUGCAGGCCAUUAAAUUGCAAAAAGAAGGAAAUCUGCUUGUUGGAAGAUUCAUUUACAGCGGUGUGCGUAUCGAGAAAAGAACUGAAAAAGAACGGUGAUAUAGUCGUUCCUAAAUCGACCGUAAAAACUGAAGAAUCGAAAAAUGAAGACGAUGACGAUGAUGACGUUUUUUACGACACUGAGGACGACCCCGAUGACGCGGAUGAGGAUUUAAACGACUCAGUAGUAUGUAAGCCAUGUCCAGUGGUCAAACCAACGUUCUUAUGUGGUUCUGAUAAUAGAACAUACAGUUCCUUGUGUAGAUUAGAUUACCAUAAUUGUAUCCACCAUACAUCGAUCAGAGUAACGUGUAAAGGAUUUUGUCCUUGCAAAGAAAAUGAGGCACAUCUUCGGAAAAAGCAGCGACAAUCGGAACGAUUGAAUUCGUUCAUGAAUAAGUAUAAAGCUACUUUGGAUAAAAGUGGAACUGUUGGUGGAUCCAUUAAUGGUGCAAAGCCUGCGCAACCGUCUUCUAAAUCCGAUGUAUAUACAUUCACCCCCCAAGACUUUAAAUACGAAAAUAAACAUUACAAGUACAUUAAAUAUACAAAGUACAACAAGCAGGACAAUAACAAUCUUUUAUACGCGGAGGACAAAGACCGUCUACGUGGCUAUAAUGAAGUUACUGACAACAAACUUUACAGUAACUCAAUCGGGGUACUUGACCCUGCCAUUUCUCCUUCAAAACAAUGUUCUUCAGCUGCACUCCAAGCAAUGGGUAAUCGUUUGCUCGACUGGUUUUCUGUUGUUAUGGCAGAUUCAUCAAAACGACGAAGGCCGCGGAACAAGUCAAAGGCUCAUUUUCCAUCCGCUUGCAAGGGUGAAGUGAGGUGGAUGUUCCAACACCUCGACUCCAACUCCGACUCCAAACUCUCCUUGCAAGAACUCUACGACUUAGAACACGACCAAAGUGAAGUGUGUUUGAAACCCUUCUUGCAGCAAUGUGACAUCGAUCGGGACGUCACAGUUACACCAUUAGAAUGGUGUCGCUGUUUUCAAAGAACUGAAAGGCCUUGUGCCGCCGUCAAGCGUAAAAUAACGCCAGAACUGUUAGGGGUGUACGUGCCCGAUUGCGAUAGUCAGGGUUACUACCGACCGACGCAGUGCCAUAGUGCCAUCGGCAUGUGCUGGUGCGUUGACAAGCAUGGUGUCGAGUUUGCAAAUACACGUACCCAUGCGAAACCUAAUUGCGAGGUCCUAAUAAAUAAAUCAAACGGAGUCUCAAAGCAAACGAGCGCUGAUGACGCUAGUGACGAUGAGGAUGGUGACGAUGUCGAGCAAGACAUUGAAGGAAGCGCAGACCAUCCAGGGGACUACUAGAGCGUAAUUUAGCGUCAUCUACACUAUUAUUGCCUCUUUACUUUGACUUUUUUUAUGUGGCUUUUGUAUUUUUUAUAAUGUUAAACAAAGAACUUCCUAUAAGAGUCGGUGUAUAAUAUAAUGAAUGAUUUUGAUUUUUAUAUAGUAUACCUUGUCGCGGGUAAAGUGUAGUAGGCAAUAUUGUAUUGUUGCAUAAUUAAGACUAAUAUUUUCUUAUAUAUUCCACAGUUGCCAUUACUUUCAUUAAGGACUAACAAUUGGUUAAAGAGUGACAGUACUUUUAUUUUUAAGUUUAGUUAAGUUUCUUAAAGUUUAUUGUUGUAAAUAACAGUGAUUUAUUUCAAAUAAAUACUCUCUCACCAGUUAUGUUACUUAAUAUAAUAUUCAGGUUAGCAUGUGUAUGUACGUUAUUUUACCUACUGUGUUUCUGCUAUUAUCUUUAGGUAGAAAUAGUGAUCUGAUAUUCCACAGCUUCAUGUUUGUGCCGUCUGAAGACAUACAUAAUAUGCAUUUAUGUAUUAGAUAAUUACCUACUGUAAUAAUUGUUAAAUUUAGAAAUUAUUUAUGUGAUUUUGAUGUCCACUUUAAUUAUUACUCUAGAUUAAUAUAUUUACGAAGCAUUAUUUUUAAUAGACUUAGAAAAAUUACAUUUAGAGUAAUUUCUUUGUAUGUAAGCAAAUGGUACUAUGUACAUAAUGAGGGUACUAUUACGAACUGACAACUCGUUUAUUAUUAUUAUUUUGCAGAAUUUCCAAUAUGCCAAUAUUGUUUAAAACUUUGGCAAUUUAAUUUAUUACUUCAACUGAAAGUCUAGUAAGCAAAAACAUGUCUUGAGUUUAAAUUGGAGUUGUUUACCUUUGUACAUCAAACAUGUUUUUGUUGUAUGUUUUCAACAUAUAUUGAAUAAAACUAGAGCUCA